AUGCGGUGGGCGGGCAAGGACCUAGUUGGGAUCUGCGCCAUGUUGGGAUUCCAGUCAUUCGAGCAGCGCCCCAGCUUCAAGGAGCCCAUGAAGCUCCCCAUGCAGUGGUCAGGCCCGCUGGGUUGGCUCCAGUUCCGCGAAGGUCUUAACGGCUGUGUUGUCGAGUUCCGGAGGAGGGCCGACAUUGCUAACCAGCUUCCUCCGGAGCUGCAUGAGUUCUACGGCACGCAGCCCUGGACCCCGGAACCUCACUGCCUGAUUGCGCGGCUGUGGCGGUCCACCAACGGGUUCAUGCUCGAGAAGCGCAGGGCCCUCUACCUCGGAGGCGUCGACAGCCGUGCCACCAAACGUGUCACGAAGCGCACCCCGAAGGAGCUGGAGAACAACAGUGAGAAAGAGUUUGAUGAUCUCAUGGCCGAACCUCAAGAGGCUCGAAAAGUUAAAACGACAAAGGCCACGGGUUCCCCAGCAGCGGAGCCUGGGGCUACGGCCUUGCCUGUUCCGCUGGCCGACCUCGACCGCAGGAGAAGAGAGGACGAUACGCUUUUUGACGAGUUGAUGCAAACGUCUUCCCAAGAAGAUGCCAUGAAGACGCUACGGAAUCCAAACCGUGCAAGAUCGAAAUCGCAAACAGACCCGGAUCUCAGCAUCGAAGGGCCCUUGAAGGAUCUCCUCCAGAGAAUGCGCGAAAAGGAACUCGGAAAGAUGGAGCUCCUCACUCCGCAGCAAGGGCUGCUCUCGGUUGUGGUCCAGGGCGAGCUCGCUGACAGCCGUGGCCUAGACACGAGUUCCUGCCACGAAUACGGCCGUGUCUUUGUCGAGCACUCGGAAGUCAACCGAGAGACGUUCCCGUACAGACUAGGCGACCUUUUCAUGGGCCGGGAGCUCCUCGAGCUCAUGAAGGAAGCAAUGCAGCUCCUCAAGCCGGACGGCUUCUACUUCACACCAACCAAUUGGCUGGUCUCGGAUGUCCACGAGGUGUAUACCCAUGUGGAAGCAGUAUGCGACGACCCUGAGAAGGAAAACGGCAUCUUCCCCAAGGACUCGGACCUGGCGGAGUGGCCAGACCCCCAAGAAGAUGACACACUCCUGCGCCACGCCAUGAGACUCUGCAACAACUUCCAGCACGUCAGAACGCACACCUAUGCCUACUACACCGUCGGGGACAUGGUCGCCGUGGCCAAGGCAUCACGGUCGCUCCGCAAGACCCCUGACCUCACCUGGGCCAUGUUGAUAUUCCCUGAUCUCUUUGGCGAUCUGGCUAGAGCCUUUGGAGACCCCAAGAAUUGGGAUUUGUUGCAGGCCAGGGUAACCUGCCGCAGCAAUAUCCUAGAUUGCACCAAAUUGAUGAAGCGGUGCGGCAUUUCAAGAAAGAAGGGUGCCAAGUACGCUACUGUGACCAGUAACACUGAUGACAGUAGUACGACCCUCACCCCGGCCGAUACCGACGAGAUCAUGGACUACGAGGUUCCCUUGUGCCCUGAUCGUCAAUUCAGUGGCCGCGAGGUUCUAGCGUCGUUUCUAGACGUCAUGAUAACGUACUUUUGGACGGACAAGAGUUGGAGCACAAAUGUUGAGCUUUACGAUCAUGUGAUUCCGCAAACGAUAACCAUGUGUUAG